AAAAAGUUACACAAGCGUCAGGAUUUUGUAACGCACAAAGCUACUAUUUAAUUGUUGCCACUCGUAGUUGAGCCACCAGUGUCUUCUUAGCUUUACACCGGACUGAACAAACCGAGCGCUGAAACAAAGAGCUCAGUUGUUGUUUUUUUAUUUACAAAGAUUGAAUAUUUUUGAAUUACACAAGGACUCUACCAACAGUCGUAUAGGUUUGGAUUGCCGAAAGCGAAAAUGAAAUAAAUACAAACAGUCGGGAUGCAUUUUUUAAUUGAAUAACAGAUAAAACGCGUAACGGGUCUGGGUCGAGACGAGCGCGAGAGAUUUGGGUAGUGACAAGAAAACAGAAGCGCGCGCUUAAAACAUGGAGUUGAAUUCAGUGAUUUUGACAACUGGGCUUUCGGUAGGUUUUUUCAAAUUGGUGAACUAUGGGGUCGGCAAACUUCCCGUUGCCGAGACAGCUCAGAGGAACGUUUGGAAAUGGAAAAACAUCUCCACGUCUUUCGUGCACAGCCUCCUAACUGGAGUGUGGUCUGUGCUUUGUUUUUGCAUGCAUCCCCAGAUGGCUGAGGAUUUGAUAGAAACAUACUCCGUUUUCUCUCACGCCUUGGUAUCUGUAUCGAUCGGGUACUUUAUAUAUGACUUCUUUGAUAUGGUCCUCAACCAGAAGGUCAGUCAUUCAUGGGAGCUCCUUUUUCACCAUGUAGUGGUGAUCACCUGUUUCGGGAUAUCUGUGUUGACCUGUCGUUACGUGGGUUUUGCUGUGGUGGCUCUGUUGGUGGAGAUCAAUUCAAUCUUUCUGCAUUUGAGGCAAGUGCUCCGUAUGGCCAACCUGGCCAAAAGUACUUUUUACCGCGUCAACAGCAUGAUAAACCUCGGCACCUACGUAGUGUUUCGCAUCAACACUCUGGCCUGGAUGACCCGCUGGCUGGUGCUAAAUCGUGACCUCAUCCCCCUGAUCAGCUACACCAUCGGCAGCGUGGGUCUGGCCAUCAUGACCGUCAUGAACAUCGUGUUGUUUUGCCGCCUGAUGAGAAGUGACUUCAUGAAGUCCAGCCGUGAGAAGGAAGUGAGGAAAGAGAAGGAAAAAGAAAUGUAGGAAGAAAACUCUUGCCACUCCAGAUUCAGCUCCAACCAAAUCCGCUCUCAUCGCCACCAUUCCCAGACUUUUAGGAGAAAAGCUCCUUUCAACCUUCUGACUUCAUUCCUGUAACACCCGACUGACUAGAUCAACGUUUAGUCGUUUUAACUUCAUCUCAUGUAGACCUCAAGCUGUGCUAAGAUUUUUAUGAUGGCUAUUGUUUGUCACAGGUUUACAAAUGUCUGACGGGCAUGACAUAUAUUUACACAUGCAACCUUGUGCACAAAUACUCCUGCAUGAUUUAUACAAUGACUCAAAACGUUAUGAGUUCUAAUGAACUGGAUCUGUUUACCUUUAUCAAAUCAUAUGCUAUCCCAUGUAAUGUAUACAUUGUGUAUUAAAUGUAAGCAAAUAUUCAGCUGAAAUAAGUACUGUAUAUGUAGAAUUUAAAAAAAAUGAAUAACACAUACAUACAUACAAACACACACACACACAUAUAUAUGUGUGUAUAUAUGUAAUGUGUGUGUGUGUGUGUGUGUGUUAUUUGUAACCUAAAUAGCAUGACAGCAUUUUGAUUGAAUUUAAUUGGAAUGCACAAUGAAGUAACAUAAAUUGUUAAAAGUGGAGUUAUCUGUUUUUCCAGAUGAAGUGAAAUCAAGUUCUAAUGAACUCACAGACACACACACACACACAUAUGCGUAAGUUUUGGUGCAUUGUAGCAGUAUCUUCCUAAUUCUAUGUAGUUUUUAAAUGGACAGUUCACUCUAAUGAAAAAAGUUAUUUCUUCUGUGGAACAUAACCGUAGAUGUUUUGUUCUCGCUGCUCGUUUUCCGUACAUUGUUGGUGAAUGAUGACACAGGCUGUCAUUUUCCAAAAACAACAUGAACGUACUGUAACUUUUGAAGCCAUAUGACAUAAUUCAUAUUUGGUUGAACUGUCUCUUUAAAUCUGAUGGCAUUAGAUAUAAUUUUUUAGUUGGAAUUCUCUCUCUGCUGACUAGUGACAACAAAUGAAGUCACCAUGAACAGCGUGUGCUCAGAGUUCACUACUGGAUAGGGUCUGAUUUAAUUUGCUAAACGUGACUAGUUUUAUGAUGAAUACCACUGCUCUCAGUUGAUCUGUUGCCCUUUAAGUGGAGAAUCUGAAUCUCAUUGCUGGAGUCUUUCACAGCGGCUAUCAGGAUUAAAACACUCCUGCUCUCUUUCUUGUUUUUUUGGUUUGUUUGUUUGGUUUGGGGGUUUUUUUCAUAAUGAAAAAGAACAAUGCAUUUGAGGUUAGAGAUCCGACA